ACCGCAUUGCACGUUACGUCUUCCUCGCUUAUAAAAUAUCACUAUUUGUUUUCGCACUUAAAUUUUGACUCCACAGCUUCACACCUCUCUCUCUUUCUCUCAACUCCAUACAGCUUUGACCCACUUGCAGUUUCAAGCCUGAAUCUUUCUCACCAAGUGGUUGCAUACUUGCGUAGAAUAAAUGGCAACAGUACUGGCUUCGCACAGCUACUGUUGCCAUAAUGCAGAGUUGGUAAAUCAAGACAGUCUUAGUUUCUCGACUUCGGUUUCAGUUCAAAAGUUAUCAAACUACGGGAGAGAGAGAUGUAAUCUACCUCGUACUGAUCAAUAUUUAAGGUUUCAAGUGCAAAUGCAACAGACUGAAUUGCCAUCGAAAUCUGGUGUCAAUGGAAGAGCAACUGUAAAGAUGGUACCAGCAAGUGAGGUAAUGAAAAGACAAACGCAAGUGGAGAAAGUGAAUGGUGUGAAAAAUAAAGUAGGGAAGGUGAAUGGUGCAGUUGUUGAUGGAGCUAGUUUAGUUAAAAGCAAUAGGAUAUCAACCCUUGUUAAUAACACACCAAAAUCAAAACCCUCUAAAGAACUUCCACCAUUGGAGAUGCCAAGGGUUUUGCCCACAGAUGAAGGCUUCAGUUGGGCUGAUGAGAACUACAACGCCUGGCAGAGGAAUAUAGAUGUCUGGUCCUUUGUAGUCUCAUUUCGUGUUCGUCUUCUUUUGGACAAUGCGAAAUGGGCAUAUGUCGGAGGCUUCACAGAAGAGAAGCAGAAAAACAGAAGGCAAAAGACUGCCUCAUGGCUUCGAGAACGUGUGCUGCAGCUUGGACCUACUUUUAUCAAACUUGGACAGUUAUCUUCAACAAGGUCGGAUCUAUUCCCACGUGAAUUCGUGGAUGAGCUUGCCAAGUUGCAGGAUAGAGUUCCAGCCUUCUCACCAGAGAAAGCGAGACGUUUUAUUGAGAACGAACUGGGAGCUCCCAUUCAUAUAUUGUUCAAGGAAUUUGAGGACCAACCUAUUGCUGCUGCCAGUUUGGGUCAGGUCCAUCGCGCUAUCCUGCAUAAUGGAGAGAAAGUAGUUAUAAAAGUUCAGAGGCCUGGUCUCAAGAAACUUUUCGAUAUUGAUCUAAGAAAUUUGAAGCUAAUUGCUGAGUACUUUCAGAGAAGUGAAACUUUUGGUGGUCCAAGUAGAGAUUGGAUUGGUAUAUAUGAAGAAUGUUCAACGAUUUUGUACCAAGAAAUCGAUUAUAUAAAUGAAGGAAAAAAUGCUGAUAGAUUUCGCAGAGAUUUUCGGAAUAUAAAGUGGGUCCGAGUACCUUUGGUCUUUUGGGAUUACACUGCCACAAAGGUGCUGACCCUGGAGUAUGUACCAGGCAUUAAAAUAAAUGACCUGAAUUUGCUAGAUUUGCGGGGUUACAGUCGUUCCAGAAUUUCAUCACAUGCAAUUGAAGCAUACUUGAUUCAGAUCCUAAAAACGGGUUUCUUUCAUGCUGAUCCUCACCCUGGAAAUCUUGCUAUUGACUUGGAUGAAGCAAUUAUAUACUAUGAUUUUGGUAUGAUGGGAGAGAUCAAAACAUUCACAAGGGAGAGAUUACUUGACCUUUUUUAUGCUGUUUAUGAGAAAGAUGCAAAGAAGGUUAUGGGGAGUCUGAUAGAUCUUGGAGCACUCCAGCCGACCGGAGAUCUGUCACCAGUAAGAAGAUCUGUGCAAUAUUUUUUGGACAACUUGUUGAGUCAGACACCAGAUCAGCAACAAACUUUGAGUGCAAUUGGUGAGGAUUUAUUUGCAAUUGCACAAGAUCAACCUUUCAGAUUUCCAUCCACGUUUACAUUCGUUAUCAGAGCCUUUUCUACACUGGAAGGCAUAGGCUACAUUCUUGAUCCAGAUUUUUCCUUUGUGAAGAUUGCUGCACCUUAUGCCCAGGAGCUUUUAGAUUUGAAACAGAAGCGGCCAUCAGGGACGCAACUUGUACAGGGAAUAAGGAAACAAGCAGAUGAUGCAAGAAGCUACACCAUGUCCAUGCCAUACAGAGUUCAACGAAUUGAAGAGUUUGUGGAUCAACUAGACUCGGGAGAUUUGAAACUUCGCGUUCGGGUUCUUGAGUCGGAGAGAGCAGCGAGAAAGGCAACAAUACUACAAAUGGCAACAAUAUAUACAGUCAUUGGAGGUACCUUGCUAAACCUUGGGAUGACUUUGAGCAGUCAAGGCAGUCAAGUUUUUGCAAAUGGAUCAUUCAUUGGUGCAGGAGUCUUUCUGGCAUUGUUUGGUAGGUCCAUGCAACGGGUGAAGAAACUAGAUAAAUUCGAGAAGAUGAUAUGAUAUGAUCACUCACCAUGCAACUCAAAUCCAUUUUAUUAUAAUGAUUCUUCAUCAAACACCCACAUAAUUAUAUACAUACGUGUGUGUUCCGAUUCUUUUACUUGUAUUUAUUUAACUCAUGUAAUUUCAUACAGAUUACUGAUUACAGAAGAAGAUGAAGCUUUCCAAUGAAUUGGGAGCUGAUGGAUUGUACUAAAAUGAAAUAUUCUUAGUGUUUAUACACCAAAAAAAAUAAUGAUAAUAAUACAAAAAUUCAUGGGGGUUUA